UUUUAAAUCCCUCCAAAUCCUCCUAAAUCCCUCCAAAUUUACCUUAAUCCCUCCAAAUCCUCUUUAUUCCCUCCAAAUCCUCCUUAAUCCCUUCAACUCCACCUUAUUCCCUCCAGAUCUUCCAUCAUCCCACCAAACCUUUGAUAUCUUGAAUUUUAAAAGUUUUGAGCUAUCAAUCAAAUCCAAACUCUUUAUGUGAUAGACAUGUUCAUAUAUAUAUUUUUAGGCUUUAUACAAAACAUUCUGUCGUUGUGUUCCAAUGAUUACAUCAAGCUGCAAUGAUAAUAGUAUGGCUGUCAAAGUAUGCCUACAUGUUUGUAAUUGUUUUGGUGCUGCUGCUAAUUUUGAGGCUUGUCGUGAAAAAAUUGCGGAAAUGAAGGCUUUGUUUAAGGGAAUUUGUCAAUUACUUAAAUUUGAACAUUUAACCCGUCUUUCCUGUGCUGCCGCAGAUUGUGUAUGUUCUCUUUCUGUUUGUACACUUUUACAAACUCAAAUGUUUCAAGCCGGAAUUAUUUGGCAAUUAAUGCCUCAUUUGUUUCGUUUUGAUUGGACAUUGGAUGAAGGAGGUGUUGCUCAUUCCGAAAAAACUAACCAACAAUCCACUCUAAACCGUCUAGCUCGAAGUUGUUGUGAGGCUUUGGCUUGUUUAGCUGGUUAUCGUCCAAAUACUCCUGACAAUGAUGGAGUACAAAAUAGUCUUCGAGCAAUGCUUACACCUUAUAUUUGUCGUCAAAUGCAAUUAGCAUCUUGUUCACUUGCAGUUAAUUUAAAUCAAUCAGAUGGAGAGGAGGAAGAAGAAGAAGAGUCGCAAAAAGAAGAAAUUGAAAAAUCAAAAAAUAAAAAUUCAAUUAUAGAAAAUGGAAAAAUUGUUUUAAAUAAUGGAAAACAGAAUAACUGCCAACCAAAUUCUGUUGAUGAUGAUGCUUGUUUAGAAGAGGAUAUCCCUGUUACAAAACCUCCAAUUCAAUAUAGAAAUGAUUUUGUACUUAAAUUAUUAAAUUCAAAUACUUUUGAUCCUUACCUUAUUUGGGAUAAUUCUACUAGAGCUGAACUUUUAGAUUUUGUUGAACUUCAUAGAAAUUCUAAUGAUAACUUGAGUGAACUUUUUGGAGCUGAAUUUAGAUUAAGUAUUUAUGCAAGUGAAUUUGUUGUUGGAGAAAUUUUUGUUCGAGUUUAUAUUUCACAACCAGAAUUUAAAAUCCAGGAACCAAAAAGAACAUGUAUGGAUUUACUUGAUUAUUUGUCUAAACAUUGUGAACAACUUUAUCAACAACAAGGUUUACUUGCACAACAACAAAAACAACAACUUUUACCAAAAACAACACAAAAUCAAAAACCUUCCACAUCAGCUUUACAUAAUAAGCAACAGCAACAACAUAAAUUGAAUGUUGGAGCUGGGAAAAAUGUUAAAACGGCAAAGCAUCACAAUAAUGAAGUGGAUGAUUUAAUUGAUUUAACAACUGAAUUUGUAGUUGAAGAGGAAUUGCCUGUUACAGAAUGGGGAGAAUUUCAAACAGGAGUUGAAUGUCAUUCUUUUAAUCAAAAACAUCAAUAUGCUGCAAAUGAUCAUAGUUCACGUACCUUCAAUAACAAAGAAAAUAAUAAUUCAAAACUUCCAUUGGAAGAAAAAAUUCGGAUGGUUUUGGAAGCUUUACGUAAUUUAUUAAUGAUGAAUCCGGGUGUUGAACUUUUAUUAAUUGGACAAUUUAAAACAAUUUUUGGAUUUUUACGUUUACAUUCUCUCGAUUUAAUUCAAUUAAAAACUUUACAAAUUAUUUCUAUUGCUGCAAGUAAUAAAGAAUGUGUUAGUGAUGUUGCUUGUUCAAUUAAAUUGUCUUUACUUUUAGUUUUACUUGUUAGGCUACCUAAAGCGUGUGAAAUUAUUUUGCGCACAUUAAUUGCUCUAGUAGCAAAUCAACAGGUUGUUAAAGAUUUACUUGAAUAUGGUGGUCUUGUCUAUAUUUUAUCUAUUUUUGCUGAAUGUACUUCAAUUAACGUUAAUGAAAAUAAAUUGGAAGAAAAUGAUUUAUCACCUCCAACAGGAGUAACUUGUGCCAGUAGAAUGCUUGCAGCUGAAUUAUUUGCUAAGCUUCAAUCUGACAAAUUAACUGGUCCAAGAUGGACACGCUUACUUUCUCGAUUUUUACCAACAAUAUUUGCUGAUACAUUAAGAGAUAAUCCUGGAACAGCAAUUCAAAUGUUUGAUAGUAUCACAGAAAAUCCAGAAUUAAUAUGGAAUGAUUCAAUGCGUAAUGAUAUAAGACAAACACUUGGAAAUAUACUUGUUACAUUAGUGCCUUCACAACAAAAAGAUCCUAAUAUAAAAUGGAAUAUGAAUUCUGUAUUUGGCGAAGGCCAUUGUGCAUAUGAAUCUGUUAUAAGUGGAGAAAUUAUUGUUGGAGGUGUUUUUCUUCGACUUUUUAUUGGAAAUCCGUCUUGGGCGGUUCGUCAUCCAAGACAAUUUGCCACAGAAUUGGUUGAACGUUUACUAGAAAUUUGGCAAUCAACAACAACAAAACAAACUAAAAAUUUAGAAGAACAGCAAAGAUGGAAAAGUCAAUUAGAUCAAGUUACUAAAGCUUUAGUUUUACUUGCUGCACAUCAUCCAACAACUGUUGAUAUGAUUCCUGCUCAAGGUUAUUUACCACAAUUGUGUCAAUCUAUGCAAAUGGUUAAUAAUGACGAAGUUGCUAAUUCUGCAAUUGUUGUAUUAAAUCAAAUUAGUGAAAAUUCGAAUUGUGCUUCAGUUUUGUGUACAAUCCCCUCUCUAAUAAAAGGAUUUUUAACUUGUAUAAGAAGACAACCAGAAAUGGCUCGGCAAUGGUCACAUGCUUUAAAACUUCUUUCCAAUCAUUGUACACAUGAAUUUGCUGAACAAAUAUUACUUUCUGGAAUGAUUGAUUUUUUACUUCAUUCGUUAGCUAGUUCAAUGCCAGGUGUAAAUAACCCAGCCGCUGCAAAAGCUGAAAUUGCCGAUGCUCUAAAAAAUUGUUGUCGUGAUACUCAAUUUGGUGAACGUAUUUCCCAAUUAUUACAAAAAUCGCCAAUUUGGGCUCAUUAUAAAGAUCAGAGACAUGACCUCUUUUUGCCUACGAUUACACAAACACAGGCUAUUACAGGAGGUCCAAGUGGUUCUGAAUCUAUUGCUGGAUAUUUAACUGAAGGAAUGUUUGAACCUCCCCCAGCCCGAAUACCUCCUCCCCCUCCACCAACAUCACAACAACCUGCAAAUUCUAAUAAUAAAUUUAAAUAA